AUGAACUUUUGGUUCACAUCUCCACACCAGCAACCCGACAAAACGAUCAACUUUACCGUUCCUUGGCUGACGCUUAUCUUGACUUCGAGCCGUAUCGAAACCAAAGUCAAAGUCAAAGUCAUGCGGAUGGCUCACAACAGGCCCAACAUCAUGUAUCGAGUCAGUCUACAGGUACUCCUCGAUUUUCCUUCAUAUUUGUCGUCCGAUGGACGCUCAAGGGGAGAUGAUGAUGUGGAAGAAGAUGAGUUUCCGCCGACGUCUAGUCGGCUUGUUCGCCUAGAGCACAUCCAUCGGAACUGGAAAGCGCAUACGACUCCAAAGCCAAGCGCUGUUAGCAAACAGCAAUCUACAAAAGAUGCUCCAAGCAGUCCAGAGGAUGUUGAUACGGCCUUUAUCGAGGACACGCAAGCUGCGGCUCAGGCGCUGCAGAGUCAAAUGCCGGAUAGCUUUGAGAUGGGUUUUGAGGAUACCUAUGAAGAUGAUGAAUCAGAUGAUGAUGAGAUUGGGAAUGAGACUCAAGGGGUGGCUUUGGAGGACGCUGAGCCAGCAGAAGAGUUACCUCAGAGUCAACUGCAAGAUAGCUCUCCGAUGAUCUACGAGGAUACCGACGAAGAUGAUGAAGUCGCUGGAAUUUUCACACAAGAGGUUCCCUUGUGUCCAGCUAGGCCAAGUGAACGCACGACCGAUAUCACGACGGAAGAUUCGAUUCCACCUCGAGCUACAUCCUCUUCCAAGGUACCUGCCGCCGUUGUAACUCGUCGUAAGAGUACGCGCUUGGAAGAAGCUGGUCGUACAGCAAGAUCCAAGACAUCUGGUUUCUCAGCGCCUGGUACUCCAAAGCCGCAUCAAAAGUCUAUCGCCAUCGCUCCAGAACAACUGGAAGGUUUGCAUUCAAACGACGCGUUAAAGGCAGUGGCCUCCUCCAAGGUAUCCACCGCGGUUGCGAAACGUCGUAAGAGUAGGCGCCUGGAAGAAGUUAGCGCAGCAGGAGUCCGGGCGUCUGAUUCCUCGAAAGCGCAACUUGAGUUUAGCAGCGCUGUUCCAGGACAGCAGGAAGGCUCGCGCUUGAUCAAGACGUCAAAGCCGACGGUCUCAACAACACAGCACAACACAAGCGAGAGCAACAGUGAGCACGAACCCAACAAGCACGAUCAGUUCAUAGACUUCUCCGAGCUUCCGUUCAGUGUAUUAGCUCCUGAGCCGAAAAUCGGUAUAACUAGUCCGGGGACUCUACCCUCACAGAUCACACCCUACCUGGCAACCAUCAAGACACAAAGUCCCAACCAAUUCAACCCAAUCAAGAAGCUGCGCUCUCCCGCGCCCGAUACACGGGGUUGGUGGUCCAUUGACUGUUCGCAAUGGCCAGCACAAACCCAAAAAGACUUAUGGGACGCAAUUUGUGAACUGUUGACAGAUGGCAGGCUUGGUUGGGCCACAUCAUUGCAUCGAGAGAUUGGUGCUCAGACUCUUGGGGAGGUCAGACUGUAUUGCUGGGGAGAGCUUGUAGAGCACAUGUGGUUGGUACUGUGGCUUUGCUCCAAAGGGAAAGUAGAUGGUGCGGGUCUUAAGUGGUUUGAUGCUUGGAAGACCGCGGUAUUUGAGAUGGAGUAA